AUGGCCACUGCCUCUGGGAACCAGCAGAUGAUCCGAAAGUCAGUCCUGGACCCACGGUUCCUGGAGGUGGAGAAUUACACUGCGACCACGCAUUUCAUUCUGCUAGGAUUCCCAACGCGGCCAGCAUUCCAGCUGCUGCUCUUCUCUGUGUUCUUGGUCACCUACCUUCUGACCUUGCUGGAGAACUUCCUCAUCAUCUUGGCCAUCCGCAGUGAUGGGCAGCUGCACAAACCCAUGUACUUCUUCCUGAGCCACCUGUCGUUCCUGGAAAUGUGGUAUGUCACGGUCAUCAGCCCCAAGAUGCUGGUGGACUUCCUCAGCCGAGACAAGAGCAUCUCCUUCAAUGGCUGCAUGACUCAGCUGUACUUCUUUGUCACCUUUGUCUGUACAGAGUACAUCCUCCUGGCUGUCAUGGCCUUUGAUCGCUAUGUAGCCAUCUGCAACCCUUUGCGAUACCCUGUCAUCAUGACCCCCAGGCUAUGUGGCACCCUGGCUGGGGGCUGCUGGCUGUGUGGCCUGAUGACCGCCAUGAUCAAGAUGGUCUUCAUCGCUCGGCUCCGCUACUGCGGCACGCCCCACAUCAACCACUACUUCUGUGACAUCUCUCCACUACUUAACGUCUCCUGUGAGGACUCCUCUCAGGCCGAGCUGGUGGACUUCUUCUUGGCGCUCAUGGUCAUUGCUGUCCCCCUCUGCGUGGUGGUGGCAUCUUAUGUCACAAUUCUUACCACUAUCCUCAAAAUCCCAUCUGCCCAGGGCCGUAAAAAGGCUUUCUCCACCUGUGCCUCCCACCUGACCGUGGUCACGCUGUUCUACUCUACCACUCUGUUUACCUACGCCCGCCCCAAGCUCAUGUACGCCUACAACUCCAACAAGGUGGUGUCGGUGCUAUACACCGUCAUAGUCCCGCUGCUCAACCCCAUCAUCUACUGUCUGCGGAACCGCGAGGUGAAGGCUGCGCUCAAGAAAACCAUCUUGUGCAGAGGAAGCGGGCCUCGGGAAGACAGCUCCGAGUGA